AUGCACCGACAGAGCUCUUUCGUCUCACCCUUGCUCAGAGACGUUUUCUGCCAGUGUCGCCCGGAUGAGUCUUUUAUUUCCGACCCCGGCGGAGGUGUUGAUCUCGGUGACGGUAACAUGUUCACGGCGUCCAAAUCCGAUCCACACCAUUGCUCCGUAUGUGGCCUACCCGAGCAAGAGCAUCGCCUUAAGGUCCUCUUCCAGAUCCUGGAUGUGAACCGGGACGGAGGGAUCUGUGUGAAUGAUCUGACCAUCGGUCUGAAGAAACUUGGGCUGCAUCGCACCGAGCAUGAGCUGAGGAAAAUUGUGAAAGCUGGAGAUAAGGAUCUGGAUGGGCAACUGGACUUUGAGGAAUUUGUGCAUUACCUGAGGGACCAUGAGAAGAAGCUACGACUGGUCUUUAAGAGUCUGGACAAAAAGAAUGAUGGUCGCAUAGAUUCACAAGAGAUUAUGCAGUCACUCCGAGACCUAGGGGUGCACAUCUCUGAGCAACAGGCUGAAAAAAUUCUCAAAAGCAUGGACAAGAAUGGCACAAUGACCAUUGACUGGAACGAAUGGCGAGACUACCACCUGCUUCACCCCGCGGACAACAUCCCUGAAAUUAUUCUUUACUGGAAACAUUCAACAAUAUUUGAUGUUGGAGAAAGCUUGAUGGUUCCAGAUGAAUUUACAGCAGAGGAGAAGAAGACUGGCAUGUGGUGGCGGCAUUUGGUGGCAGGAGGUGGAGCCGGCGCAGUGUCCCGUACCUGCACCGCGCCACUGGACCGGCUUAAAGUUCUCAUGCAGGUACAUGCCUCUCGUAGCAACACCAUGUGCAUGGCUGGUGGUUUCUCUCAGAUGAUUCGUGAGGGUGGAGUAAGGUCUUUGUGGAGAGGGAAUGGCAUUAAUGUCCUAAAGAUCGCACCCGAGUCUGCCAUCAAAUUCAUGGCCUAUGAGCAGAUAAAGCGGCUAAUGGGCAGCAAUCAGGAAACGCUGGGCAUUCUGGAGAGGCUGGUUGCUGGGUCUCUAGCUGGUGCCAUUGCACAGAGCAGCAUCUACCCCAUGGAGGUUCUGAAGACUCGAUUAGCCUUAGGAAGGACUGGUCAGUACAGUGGCAUCAAGGACUGUGCAAAACGCAUAUUAAAAAAGGAAGGUGUGGCAGCUUUCUACAAGGGUUACAUCCCCAACAUGCUUGGCAUUAUCCCCUACGCUGGAAUAGACCUGGCAGUCUAUGAGACUCUUAAGAACUCCUGGCUGCAGAGGUUUGCUACAGACAGUGCGGAUCCAGGCGUGUUUGUAUUGCUAGCCUGUGGCACCACCUCCAGCACGUGUGGCCAGUUAGCCAGUUACCCUUUAGCCCUGGUCAGAACACGCAUGCAGGCUCAAGCUUCGUUGGAAGGAGGACCUCAGAUGAGUAUGAGCAGUCUGUUCAAGCACAUUGUGCAGACAGAAGGUGCUAUGGGACUAUACCGAGGCCUGGCUCCAAACUUCAUGAAGGUCAUCCCUGCAGUCAGCAUAAGCUACGUCGUUUACGAAAAUCUGAAAGCCUCACUUGGAGUACAGUCCCGGUGAAAGAUUAAGAACUUGUACGUUUGUUAGGAUCUGGCAGGAAGUUGGCUUGGACAUGAAACAAGAGAGACAAGUUCUCGUGCUGUGAAUAUCUCAAAACGCCAAGUAAGGUAUAAGUGGAGAUCUCGGAGUACCCAAAAGAAAGUCUGGUGGAUAAGUCGAGCGUCAGAGUUCUGGGUGCCUUGGUCAUUGAACUGUCACCAAGAAUCAAGAAGAGAUUUUUGGUAAGCUGCUCAUGGGCCACUGUUAUUCUAGUAGACUGCAGUGCUGGAUAAGUAAGGGCUUGAACUGGCACAUACCCAUACACUCUAAUCCCUCCAUUCAUUUAAUUUGUUUUCUUUGUCAUAUAUUUAUGCACUACAUUUUAUAUUAUUGUCUUACAUAAUUUAUAAAAAAAAAAGUGAUUGGUUUUUAAAAUGGACUGUCAGAUUUAUAAGAAAAAAAAGUGUAAAAUCUGAACAGCAUCCAUGUAGCUGGUAAAGGACCUUAAAUUGAGGAGUUCAGUUUUAUUCCAAAUGCCUUUUUGGCUAGUUUGUGUUGGACAUAUUUAUUUAUUAAAUUAUCUGUACAGAGUUCUAGACAUGUGAGCAGCAGAGGUAGUAUCCUAAUUGUGCUUGAUUGAGUUGGUACAAAGUCUGUAACGUCGUUUUUUUUUUUUUUUUUUUUUUUUUUUUUUUUUUU